CAAAAUAGCCCAAGAUUUUUUUCUAUCUACCCUUCAUUAUCAAACAUUGUUAACAACUAAUAGAAAGUGACUACACCAAACAAACAGAAAAAAGAAAAAACAUAACCUCAAAAACAAGUAACAACACUAAAGCAAAGUGUUGCAAUUGGUGAGGCUUAUUAUAAUUAUGUUCAUUAAUCCAAACCCUUUUUCCACUUUUGAGUUUCAACUUGUUAAUUUCAAGCUUCAAUAAAAUUUUCAAAAUUUGCAUUAAACAAUACAUUGCAUAGUUAUUAAAGACUUUGGUUUAAUUGCAAUGGAGGGUGUGGAUUUGGUUGAGAAAAAUAUUGAAGUUAAAAGUAAUGAAGGAAACAAAGAAUGUGAAAGUUUUAGUAAUGAUGUGAUUUUUGAAGAUUUGAAGGAAGAAAAGGGUCUAGAGAACAACUCCGUUAGUAGUGUUUUGGACUCAUCUUCGCCGCCGCGUUCGCUGGAUUCUCCGAAUAAGGAAGUUUCUGCAACUGAUAGUACUAGUUCACAUGGAAGUGAAGUAGAAGAGAAAAAGGACUUGAGUUGUGAAAAUUUUGUGAAACAAGUCUCAGUAUCACCAGUGCUAGAGAUAGAGAUAAUGAAGGACAGGUUUGCAAAAUUGUUACUUGGAGAAGAUAUGUCAGGUUGUGGAAAUGGGGUCCCUACAUCAUUAGCUGUAUCCAAUGCCAUAACUAAUCUAUGUGCCACUCUUUUUGGUCAACUUUGGAGAUUGGAACCUUUGCCAUUAGAGAAGAAAGCAAUGUGGCAAAGAGAGAUGGAGUGGCUUCUUUGUGUUAGUGAUCAUAUUGUUGAAUUCAAGCCUACUUGGCAAACAUUUCCAGAUGGUAGCAAGUUUGAGGUCAUGACUUGCAUACCCCGCUCAGAUCUUUAUAUCAAUCUUCCAGCUUUGCGAAAAUUAGACAACAUGCUUCUUGAAAUACUAGAGAGUUUUGUGCAUACAGAGUUCAUGUAUGUGGACCAAGGUGUUAUGGCACCAGAAAGAGAUGGUUCAACUUCUUUCCAAAGAUCAGUUACAAGACAAGAAGAGAAAUGGUGGCUUCCUGUACCUCAAGUUCCUCCUUCUGGUCUCCAUGAAAAUUCAAGAAAGCAAUUGCAGCAUAAGCGCGAUUGCUCGAACCAAAUAUCGAAAGCUGCAAUGGCCAUUAAUAGCAUCACUUUGGCUGAAAUGAAGGUUCCUGAUACUUACUUAGAGUCUCUUCCAAAGACAGCAAGAGCUAGCUUGGGGGAUGUUAUUUACAAAUUCAUUACAUCAGAUGAUUUUUCUCCUGAAAGUUUGUUAUCUUCUCUUGAUAUAUCCUCUGAGCAUCAAGCCAUAGAGAUUGCAAAUAGAGUAGAAGCUUCCAUCUAUAUUUGGCAUAAAAAGACCAACUCAAAGCCUUUGAAUCGCGCUAAGAGAUCGAGUUCAAGAUCUUCAUGGGAAAUGUUCAAGGAUCUGAUUGUUGAAGGAGACAAAAGUGAAAUGCUUAUAGAGAGAGCAGAAAGCCUAUUACUCUCCUUGAAGCAAAGUUACCCUUUUCUCCCUCAAACAACCUUAGAUGUCACAAAAAUCCAAUGCAACAAGGAUGUUGGAAAAUCUAUUCUAGAGAGUUAUUCGCGGGUACUAGAGAGUUUGGCAUCGAAUAUUGUUGCGCGAAUCGACGAUGUGCUCUAUGUAGAUGACUUAACCAAACAUUCUGAUCAAUUUUCAUCUAUAUCAAAAGUUGGUGUAACUAAAACUCAUAAAAGUAUUCCACUUCCAUAUAAAUCACCUUUCAUCAAUAGCACCAACAUUUCACUUGGAGGUGUAGGAAUGAACAAAGUUGUGACAAAUUUUGUUACCGUUGGUAAAAAAGAGGACUAUGGUUGUCCAAUUGAGAACUUGGUUCCAAUAUUACAUAAAUUUGAUGAAGCGCCAGCCUUGGAAACAGAUAAGGAAUCCGGAGAUAACAUAGAAGAUUUUAAGCUCAAUUUAAUGGAUCAGGCAUGGAUAGAGUGAAAAGGGAUUUAAUUUUGAUUUCAUAGAUGAAGCAUUUUACUGGUUGUUUAAUUUUCUAUUUGUUUUUUGUUUUUGUUUGUUUGUAUAUUAUGUGGAAGUGAUGAAUUUGAAGGAACAGUGUAAAAGUGAAGAGAGAAAAAUGAGAGAGAAAACAAGGUAUUGCUGUCUAAUUUUGAUUAUAAAGGAUUUCUCAAGAGAAUUAUACUAGUGUUUAUGUAAAGUGAUAACUAUUAUCAAUUAGAUUGUGAUCCGCGUUGUGUGACGCGUGAGUGUUGAUA